UUGGGGUUAAUCUGCUCUUCCUCGAAGUCGACUAAGUCCGAGUCGCUUUCCGAACUGUCUUCUAGUUCUAAAAUCCAUAAAUAUGAACAACAUAAAUUGCCGUUUGGACGUAUAAAACAAGAGAGUCCGUUAAAGGUAACUGUACCAACCUAACCUUCAAAAAACUUGACGUGCGAAGCAUAUGCUACUGUCGGGAUGGUUCUGCUCGAAAACGAUGCGUUCUUGGUAGAGUUAAUGAGAUUGUUCGAUAAAUCUCGACUUUCUGGAGCUGUAUCGCUUACAAUUAAGAGGUUUAAUGGAUUCAACAAGCCUGAACCACGCAAAGGUAGACCACCUUUGCCAACGCCAACCGAGUACCUAUGUUUAGUUCGUGCUUCAUUGCGUUCAAGGAAAAUUUCCACAAUUAUUCAUUCCAAGGAUGUGAAUAAAUUUCAACAGGCUUAUUGGGGUUUAUUGAAAACCAAUAUAAACGGCCUUAAAAAACUUAAAAAGGUCAAAUCAGCUAAACCGAAGGCUCAGUAGGUAACAUAAGUUUGCAAUUCUUACUGUAAUCAUUAUUCCAUGUGGCUAUCAAAUGUCCAUUGCAAUAUGUUCUACAUAUUUAUCUAUUAUGUACAUUCACAAUAUAAAGUUUAUAGGUAAUAAAACAGAAUUUAUGUAAAGUUACCAGUUA